AUGUUCAAAUUUAAUGUUGCCCUUGUUGUAGCUGCUGUGCUCAUGAUGAUGAUGUAUAUUACAUCGGUUAGUGCUCAACAAUCUAAUGCUGUGGGAAUCUUGGCUGAGAAGAAGCAAAAUCUUGCUAGUUUGGAUAACGCUAUUGCCUCUACUAAGGAUUUGAUUCAAGGAGCUGUAGAGUUUGGAGCACACGAAUUGCAAGCUUCCUAUGUCAAGCAAAAGAAGGAGCAAUUGGUUGAACUCUCAGAGUUGAGAAAUGUUUUGCAGUAUGAAGUUGAUUUCCUCUCCAAGCAAGUACCAACCUCUUCCAGACAAAAUGGAAUGGUCAUUAAUUCUGUUAAUACCCCAACCACUAAGGAAGAAAAAGCUGCUAAGCAAGUUGCCGAAGAGUUGAAAUUAAAACAAGAAGCUGAAGCAAAGGCACUUGCUGAGAAACAAGCUGCUGAAAAGAAGGCAAAGGAAGCUGAAGCCAAGCAAAAAGGCGAACAAGAAGCUGCUGCCAAGUUGAAGGCUGAAAAAGAAGCUGCAGAAAAGAAAGCUCAAGAAUUAGCAGCUCAAAACAGAAAGUCUGAAUUCACCAUUGAGGCUGCAUGUGACAAUUCCUAUUCUCUCUAUAUUAAUGGUGGUAAAGUCAUCUCUGGCGAUAGUUGGGGUAGUAAGCAAAAGACCAAGGUAACUUUAACUAAUGGAGACUUGAUUUCUGUCCGUGCUUUUGAUAUGGACGGUUUGGGUGGUUUGCUUGUCAAUAUCUAUAAUGAUAAGGGACAACAAUUCAAUACUGGUUCAUCAACUUGGAAUUGUAAGGUUGGUGAUCUCUCUGUUUCAGGAGAUGAAUUCCUCAGUUGGCCUGUUGGUGUCAAGGCUCCUCACUCAGAUAACUAUGGAGUUACUAAGCAAUCAGGUUCUCACUGGAUUUGGACAAAGAGCCAACAAAAAGGUUACAUUACCUGUGCACAAAGAAUUAAAUUCUAA